AUGAGAAAACAUACUGGAGAGAAACCUUAUGUAUGUGAUAUUUGUGGAAAAUCUUUUACUGUGAGAAAUUCUCUGGAUAGGCAUCUUCUUACUCACUCCGAUUCCAGACCUCAUCCGUGUCAUGAAUGUGGGAAAGCGUUCCGCCGUAAGAGCCAAUUGAAACGUCAUUCUUUGACUCACACGGACAUUAGAAAUUACCAAUGCUCGGAGUUCUCAUGUAAGGGUCAUCUAAAAGAUCAUAUCCACCAGCAUACAGGACUAAAACCCUACCAAUGUGAAUUAUGUGGGCGUGGUUUCACAGCCCCUCAGUCCCUUCAACGACAUAAACUACAUCACGCUGGACAGAAAUCGUUCCGUUGUGAAGAAUGCAAACGACAGUUUUUUACUGGAGCUCAUCUUCGUCGACAUAUUCGCACUCAUUCAGGAGAAAAACCCUUCCAAUGUAACGAAUGUGGGAAAUGUUUCGCUCAAACUAACACUCUUCAGGCCCACAUUCGAACUCAUUCAGGAGCCAAACCCUAUGUUUGUGACCAGUGUGAUAAAUCUUUUACUGAACGACGAAAACAUCCAUAUCAGUGUGGUAUUUGUAAAAACUGGUCGCUAAGAAAAAACUAUUUGAUUGACCAUAUUCGUACACAUACUGGAGAGAGACCAUAUCAAUGUGAAAUUUGUGGACAAGGUUUUGCUCGAAAUUCUGUAUUGGUGCUGCAUAGACGUAAACAUACUGGUGAAAAACCCUGCGUAUGUGAUAUUUGUAAUACAAAGUUUAUGAAUCGAACACAUCUAAAUCGUCAUAGAUUGAUUCAUUCAGGACAGAAACCAUUCCAAUGCGUAGAAUGUGGUAAAUUUUUCCGACAGUCCCAUCAUCUUGUCAAUCACAUGUUGGUUCAUUCCGGAGAACGAAAAUGGCAAUGUGACAUCUGUGAUAAGUCUUUUACUCUAAAACAAGGACUGGAAAAACAUAAUCGAAGUCAUGUAUUGGAUCAUAUUAAUACUCAUACUGGAGUUAAACCACACGUCUGUGAUUUCUGUGGAAUUGGAUUCAGUCAUACUGUAUCGUUGAUGUCGCACCGGUUGAUUCAUACAGGAGAAAAACCUCAUCAAUGUGGCGAUUGCGGACGAGAGUUUCGACGAAAAUUUCAUCUAAAUCGACAUCGGUUAAUCCACAAUGGUGGGAAACCCUUUCAAUGUAUGCAUUGUGGGUUAUUUUUCAGGCAAUCCAACACGUUAAAAUUUCAUAUUCAAACCCACACAGGUGUGAAACCACAUUCGUGUAAUUUGUGCGAUCGACAAUUCUGUGACAGACGUUCGUUACGAAAACAUAAAGAGAGUCAUCACGAUCAGUUACGAGCUGAUGAUUCGUCCAAUAUAACAACUGUUAAUGUUAUGAUUAGUGAUAUACCAGUGGUAUAUGAAGAGAUGAAUAUUGUUAACACUGAACUUACUGGACUACCUACUGAAUAAUUACAAAUACUCUUAGCAACUGGACCAAGGGGUGUUACUUGUGCAAAUAAAACCUCAUGAUUGAUUGUUGAUUUAGAAAAUUUAAUAAAUAUAAAUAAAAAUUUGAUUUUAUUAUAAUUUAAAGGCCAGAUCAUUGCCAUGUGCUAUAUUUUAGUCAAAGUGAAAGUUCAUGUAAGGUAUUUAAUUCUGCGAAGAGCUAUAUAUAGCUAUAGAAGAAUUCUAACGAACAUUUCCAUCAGCAGAGUAUUCUUUCUGCCCCUGUAUUGCUGAUUUAAAUAUAAAAGAAUUUUGUAUUCAUAAAAUUUAAUCAACAAAGUAACACAAUAAAUUUAACAGAAUAUAAAUAUUUAUAAUUGUAUUUAUAAUUAUUAGAGGUCAAUUGAUAGUAGAGCUAAAGCCUACAUAAAUAAUAUCAUAAGAUGUAACCUGUGUUAAACUCAAAAGCUUUCCAUCCUUAAGGCCCCCAAGACAUGAGAACAAAAACUGCUUUUCACACUUCAGUAGGAACGCCAGCUGAAAUAGGUCAGUUGUCUGAAGAUAUCUACUUGUCCAACUUCCAUAGGGAAGUAGGCUGAAAUAGGUCAGUUGUCUGAAGAUCGCUUGUUGUCCAACUUCAAUAAGGAAGUAGGCUAAAUUGGUCAGUUAAAUGAAGAUCACUGGCUGAAAUUGGUACGUUGUCUGAAGAUAGCACAGCAUGAAAAUCUGUAAACAACAUGUUUCAGGUUCUGUGUUCUGUUUUAAUAUUUCCAGUUCAACUUAUAUGAUGAUUAGAUGUCAUCCAAGUGAAGAUUUAAAUGUUUAUUGAGAUGGGCACUUUGAGAAAACUGUUUUUCACAAAACUGACACUUAUAACUUCGUUUAUUCUCAUGUAUUUUAACGUGGCGAUGUCUGUCACUAAGGGAGAUAAAUCUUUUAGAACAAUAUUCGCACUCGUAGGGUUUCUCACCUGUAUGAAUUCUCUGAUGGUCUCUCUUGUUGACUAGCUGAGCAAAUGAUUGAUUACAGUAUUCACAUUUAUAGGGCCGUUCUCCUGUAUGAAUUCUUAAAUGCACAUCCAAAUUUCCUUUUGAGGAAAACAAUUUUUUACAAUGCUCACAUGGGAACUUGUUGAGACCGGCGUGACGUCGCU